AUGUCGCACCAGUAUUCUCCUCCGAGUCACCGUGGACAGUACCGCGGGCAACAGCAACGCGGAGGAAGCUCUCAACAAUACAGGGGAUCUCAACAUCAAUCUUUUCCCUCUCGUCAACAGCAGCGAGGCCCGAGACCAAAGUUCGAUGAGGUCCUUCCCGUCAAUGUGUUCGUCAAUGCGUUCAAGGUCGAAAUCGACGAUAAUCCUGCACAGCCUGAAUUGGCCGUCUCGGAGUUCUAUCAGUAUGACGCAGCCAUAAGAAAGAAAUCUGAAUCCAGUGACGGGGAACGGCCAACGAGCAUGCCCCCUCGGAGGGCGUAUCAGAUCGUCUAUAAGGCUCAGACGCAGGUUUACCCGGCACUGUUCCAUGGUAGUGCGUUCGACGGAAAGUCGAUACUUUAUGCGCCACAAGAUAUUCUGGGGGGUCAGCCUUCUGGGCAGUUCCCUGUCGAUAUGUCGGACAGACCUCCGCAGGCGAAUCAGCCUGACCGUGGUGUUUACAUUAUAUACAUUACCCGGGUUAGCAGUAUCGACAUCAGGACACUGAAAAGGAUUACGAGAGGCGAAGUUGAAGAUGCCGGCCAGACGGCCGUUUCUCUCGUCCAAGCUCUCGUCCGACAAGCGCCCCUGGUACAGACGAAUACUUUUACUGCUCGAGCGGUUUAUCAGGCCAACCUUGCGAGGAUUAAUUUAGGACAAGGUAUAGACCUCAUGAGAGGGUACUUCCAGUCUGUCCGAACAGCCCCUGGCCAAAUGAUCAUCAACGUCGACAUCUCCUCCGCAUGCGUCUACGCCCCCAUCCGCCUCGUAGAUUUCGCUCAACAAUUCCUCAACAUGCGCAACACCAACGAACUAAUCCAACUCGACGAACGCGAUCGCGACUGGAAGAUCCUGCGUUCCAUCCUCAAGUUCGUCCGUGUGCAUGUCAAUACCACCGUCCGCCGUAGCCCCUCCAAUAUGAAUCAGGAUCAGAGGCCUGCGAAACCGAUUAAGGAUAUCGUUCCGAGGGCGGGGCAUUACGAGUUUGUGGUGGGGCAGGAUAUGUGGACCGUCAGGGAUCAUUAUAGGAGAGCGCAUGGAGUACAUCUUCAACAUCCUGACCUGUUUGGAGUGAUGAUCGGGGACGCGGUGUUUCCUGCUGAGGAUUGCUCGAUUCCGCCGGGUCAACUGUUCCGAAAGAGGAUCCCGCAGAAGCUGAUGACUGCGCUUCAUGGGCAUACGAGCCAGUCACCCUCCAGACGGCUGCAGGCAAUUAAGGACGGCGUCGCGGGUCAAUUCUUGAACUACAGCGGGAGUACCUGGCUUCGUCAAGCCGGAAUUUCGAUCGAGCAACAACCACUCGAAAUCACAGCCUCGAUCCUUCCACAGCCCAAGGUCAGCUUCAAGCGUAUGGAGGGUGGUAACAUAAUCACAGAUGUUAUUCGCACGACGGAUAAAGCAGAUGGCCCUGGUGUGUGGGACGUCAUGGGCAAGAAGUUCUUCGAGCCGGCUACCAUCAAACUCUGGGCCGUCGUGAAUUUCUCGAAGGCUCAUCCGGAUCAGGUCAUGGCCUUUGCUAAGAACCUCCAGAAGGCCUGCAGGACACUGGGAAUGAUCGUGGAGGAUAUUAAAGAGCCGGUUCAGGCUGGAAAUGGACAGAUUCCUAAGGUGGCUUUGGAAGGUAUCGUAUCGAUCACGGUAAAAGCUCCGGAUUUCGUGCUGGUCGUGUUGCCGGACGAUGCGGAACCUAUACGGAGAGCAGUAAAGUUCUGGGGAGACAUUGAACGUGGCGUUCCGACGCAAUGUGUCAAAGUCGGCAAGAUGAUGGGCGCGAGAGAUCAGUACUACAACAAUGUUGCCAUAAAAAUGAACGCCAAGAAAGGAGGCAUCAACUGGACCGUGAGGAAUCCCGCGCUCGACGAUGUCGUCAGAAGUGGACCUACCAUGAUCAUAGGUGCUGAUGUCAGUCAUCCGCCACCUCGAGUGUUGAGGCCUUCGAUUGCGAGUAUCGUGGGCUCGUAUGACAUCUCGUUCUCCAAGUAUGCGUACGGGGUCCGGUUGCAGAAUCCGCGGCAGGAGAUCAUUGGGGAUUUGAAGGAGAUGAUGCAGGCCAUGCUGCGGAUUUUCACCACUGAGGUCACCAUAAAGGGCAAGCUACCACCACCGCUCCCUCUCAAUAUCUUCUACUAUCGUGAUGGAGUCUCCGAAGGGGAGUACGAUAACGUACUCGCCACUGAGGCGCGUGCGAUACAAGAGGCGUGGGAUCUGGGCAAGGCACAUCGGAAGGACAAGCAUGAUCCCGCGAAGCUCAAUAUUGUCUUCAUUAUUGUGGGCAAAAGACAUCAUAUACGUUUCUUCCCAACUCAGUCUUCCGACGCAGGAGGGUUGACGGACAGGAGCGGGAAUGUCGUUUCCGGACUAUGCGUCGAUACAGCUAUCACUACUCCGUCGAGAAAGAGGCAAGAUUUCUACCUUCAAUCUCAGUGCGGAUUGAAAGGCACUAGUCGAUCUUCGCACUAUAUCGUCUUGAGAAAUGACCGUGCUACAUGUCAGAAAUAUUCCAUGGGGCUGAAGCAGAUCCAAGACUUCUCUUUUGCGCUCUGCUUCAACUAUGCUCGCGCCACGAGAUCCGUAUCGAUUCCUUCACCCAUCUACUACGCAGACCUACUCUGCACACGCGCCGCGUUUCAUUUCGCUGAUACGGAAGACCCUGACCUGCAAGUCUCUUCGGAUGGCAAUGACUCGAAUGCGACUUUCGAUCUCGAAAGAUGGAAAGGUAUCUUCAGACGGUCGAAGAUAAGGUCGAUGUUUUUUAUGUGAACAAGUGUUGGACGUCGAUUCAGACCUAUCCACGUUUCGAGCUGGGACUUUUGCCGUACUUUCGGCAUUCGGUGUAUUCUUAUGAUGCUCUUUUACGCGGACGGUGGAAUGGAUGGGACACUCUAUUGGAUUAUUGAUCUAGUUGCCUAUUAUUUUCAUGUUUUACGCACGUCGCAGACUUGUCUGUGUGGCGUUACUGUAAUUAUGUACGGCAUGUAUGCC